CCUCUCCACAGUCAAAAUCAAUAGGGAUCUCCAUAUACACAGAGAUAUGAAGCUCAAAAUGUUUUCAUGGUUCCUCUUCUUCUUCCUAUUCUUACAAAUAGUUUCGAGAUCGGCCUCUGACACUACCUUCACCCUUGCACAUGCUGCAGGUUCUGAUCUUUCAGAAAAUAUUGGAGGAACAGAGUCCGAGGGUUCAAAUGCAAUGAUAGAGAUGGAUAAAGAAAUAAGGGAAAGAAAGAUAAAGGAAGUGAAAAUGGUGGAUACAAAUGUCCGGAAGGGGAGUAGAGGUAGCUUUAACAAAUUCCAUCGGCCUCGUCAUAGUGGUGCAACCACCUUCCCUGCAAGACCUUCUUUGGUAAUUGGUGUGGCUCUGCAAGUCAGCAUUGGAUUCCUACAAGUCAUCUUCAAUUUCUUAUUCUGAUUACAAGCAUGAGAAAAGAGGUUUCAAUGGUUCCCAUAUCUAUUGUUACUUUGUAUAAUUAAUCAAUUAACAAACCAAGGUCAUACUAAUGCUAUAAUAUAUA